CUGAUUCGCUAGCUCGCACAUUGAAUGAUCCACCGAAAUCAGUGGAUCAAUACCAAUAACUAAAAAUCGGUUGCUGUAGCAUCAUCAGAUGGUCUACCCACUACUACGUACUACUACCGUCUAUGGUCACUGUUCUGGCUACCAUGCAUGCUCAUGCUCGGCCACAUAAUUAAUUAACCUAACACAGAAGAUUGAUCAAUAUGCAUGCAUGCAAUCUUCUGGGCAUCAUGAAAUCGGAUUAGAUAAAAAGUAAUCUGUACUAGAACUUACCAAAAUUUUGCAGCUAGGGGCAUGUAGAGCAAGCAAACGCCUCGGAGACGGAUGAACAACAAGCCCGGCUCAUCGUUCGCGUGCCCUUGUCGCUCGCGGCGACGACACUAUAAAUACUUGCACGUAGCCAGUGACGAAUCCCAGAACGAAAAUAGAGAAAAAUUAAUUUGGGAGUACUAAUUAAGAUGUCGUCGCGACGACAUGGCAUGAAAGCCGUGGUGGUGGUGGUGGUGAUCGCGCACGUCCUGCUAUGCCAUGUUGCCGGCGGCGGCGGGGGCGUCCCGGCGGUGAUCGUGUUCGGCGACUCCACGGCGGACACGGGCAACAACAACUUCAUCCAGACCAUGGCGAGGGGCAACUACCCGCCGUACGGGCGGGACUUCGCCGGCGGCGUGGCCACCGGCCGGUUCUCCAACGGCCGGCUCGCCGCCGACUUCGUCUCCGAGGCGCUGGGGCUGCCGCCCGCCGUGCCGCCGUACCUUGACCCCAGCCACAGCAUCCACCAGCUCGCGUCGGGCGUCAGCUUCGCCUCCGCCGGAACGGGCCUAGACAACAUCACUGCACAAAUCCUAUCAGCAAUGACCCUGAGUCAGCAGAUAGACCACUUCAGGCAGUACAAGGAGAAGCUGAGGUGGGCCAAAGGCGAGGCAGCGGCACACCACAUCAUAAGCCAGGCGCUCUACAUUUUGAGCGUCGGCACCAGCGACUUCCUGCACAACUACCUCGUCUUCCCCAUCAGGGGCAACCGCUUCACCCUGCCGCGCUACGAGGCCUACCUCGCCGGCGCCGCCGCCGGGGCGGUGCGCGCCGUGCACGGGCUCGGCGGCCGCCGGGUGAAGCUCGCCGGGCUGCCACCGCUGGGGUGCCUGCCGGUGGAGAGGACGAUCAACCCGGACAGGCCUGGGGAUUGCAACGAGAUGUACAACAUGGUGGCUCUGAGCUUCAACGCAAGGCUCAAGAGGCUUAUUGGGAGGCUCAACUGGGAGCUGCCAGGGGCACAAGUAGAGUAUGUUGAUCAGUACAGCAUCCUCUCUGCCAUCAUUGCCAAGCCAUGGGAAUAUGGUUUUGGGAACUCAAUGCAAGGAUGUUGUGGCACGGGAUUUGUGGAGACAGGAAUUCUAUGUGCCUUGGACGAUGCGUUGGCAUGCGACGAUGCUGAUAAAUAUGUAUUCUUUGAUGCUGUCCAUCCAUCGGAAAGGGCGUACAAGAUCAUAGCCGAUGCAUUUAUAAACACCACCUCACCUGUAUUCCACUGAAUUAAAAAAUAUAUUUCACUCGUGAUAUUAUCUGAACGCUCAAAUUAAUAUAAAAGAGCUACUCCCUCCAUUCCAAAUUGAUUAUCAUAUAUAUUUAUGCACCAAGAGCAAAAGUAAUUUAAAUCGCAUCAAUCAUGACACCAUGCCCUCAUUCAAGUAAAACACCAUGCCAAUUACACUCUUAGCAUGCGCACAUUAUCUCCUACGACAUUAAUUAUAUUUCGAUGAAAUCCAUGUCUAUACGGUUAUAUGAUAAUCAAUUUGAUAAAUUUUGGAUUUUAUUAUAUGAUAAUCAAUUUGCGAAGAAGGGAGUACUAUUGCAGAUACGAUAACUAGGUACCGGAUUUUUGUUACGCAAAUACCCUUGUACCUAUGUGGUACUAGGCCAUGCCACCAAGCCGAAUAGAAGAUGAGCUUAUUGUGCUCAAUCUGAAUUCUGAAAUUCCCAAACAGAACAAAUAUGAGCCUAUAUAUCAUGUGCAGUAUGUCUACAUUUUGUCCGUUGUAACACUUUGUCCUGUCCUCGUCUAUACCUAUAUCUUAUCUUAAUUACUUAAAAGACUAGUAAUUUUCCGUUCGUCACCAAAAAAUUUCGUUUGUAAUCCGUUUUGUAUGCGCAUUUGUGUCAUCAAUGUCCGAUUCUUCCAAUCGGAGACUAGAAAAACCAAGUUAUAGCCGGUAACCCAUAACAACAAAAUCUUGACAAUAAUCUAAUCUCAUGGAAGCACUUACCAAAAUCAGACUUUGAUAGUUCGAUACAACCAUAAGGCAAAAACAAGAACCAGAUUUCACCCAAAUAAAAUCAGUAAAGGAUCCACCUUAAACUUGAUCUCCUUCAAGCCCAGCACUAGACCGAUGGCAGCUAGCCCCAAUUAAAGAUGAACAGUGUUGGACCACUUGAUGUCGUGGUCACACCAUUGCCGCCUGCGCCUUCCUCUGCCGCCACCUACAACAAGAUCCACAAAAGAUGUGGUCGUCGCCAGCCUUCGCAUUGCUUGGUGCCCUCCACCAAUCCACCCAUCGCCAGCCUCUGUCUUGCUAGCUGCGUCCUCCUCCAGAUCCACCGUCGCCAUGGCCACUCUACCAGAUCCACUAUCACCAUGGACAUUGCUGCCGCCUUCUCGUCCUCCUUGCCGUCAUCAUUGCGAUUCGCCUAGCGCCGGCGCGGGGAUAAGGCGAGAUGCACAGUGGGUGGCUGGCGUGAUGUGGUCGUGGCAUUGAGCAUGAUGCGGUGCAUGCGGCCGAGCGGCGCGUGUGAGUCGAGCAACGGCACAACGAGCAGGAGAGAGGGUGCGCUCGAGGCGGAGGAUGAGAUGAGGAGGAAAGAAGAAGGCGAAGGCAUGGCAGAGGCAGAGGUGGAGGUAGCGAACCGGA